UUUAUGAACGAUCGCUCAUCUGAUAACUAUAUGUCGAAUUUCCCACCGUCCUUCUAACCCCCACCCUUAUCCCGAUCAAUACCACUUGUGUACACGACGCGGAGUCCUCGCGGCCCCCAUCCAUGAGAGUCAGUACGCGCGCGAUGGCCGCCGUAGCCCAGAUGGUGGCUGUGUCGUGUUCGAGGAGCUGCUCGUCAUGCCGCCCCGAUGAGUUCGCCGCCCCCCGCAGCAGCAGCGGAGGAUGCCGCCGCGGCGGAGCGGCCCCCCUCAUCGCAGCAGCCGUUGCCGCCCCCGGGCCCCAAGAAUACGGCGCCCCCCAAUACCGCUGACCGACACAGGAGGCGGCACGGCCUGCAGCCACCGUUGCAUCCGCUGCAGCUGGUCGGCUGGUUGGCACUAGCCGCCCUAUCCACAGGUGCGUUCGUGGUCCAGGUGCCGGCGCUGCCCCCCGCCUUCCAACCGGCUUUAACUGCCGCCCUUUCAGCAGUGCUGCUCGUCCAUUUGGCCGCUCACCUGGCUGCCGCCCUUGUCGAUCCUGCAGAAGAGGAAUUGAGGAAGAGGAGGUCCGUUGAGGUCUCGCAACUAGAUAGACAGAAGCACCUUCACGCGAUAGAACAAGGUCGUUGCCACCUGUGCGACAUCUGGGUGACCGGUCGUCGUACUAAGCACUGCGGCUACUGCAACAAGUGCGUCGCUGGGUUCGACCAUCACUGCAAGUGGUUGAAUCAGUGCGUGGGUUCCAGGAACUACGCGCCGUUCGUGAUGUGCGUGGCUAGUGCUAUGGCGGCGUCAGCGACCGUGGCUGCAUUGGCUGUGGCUCAGCUUGUGGUGGGGAGGACGCAUGCUGUUUUAGUGCAGCAAGAUGUUAAGGACCCAAUAAGCGGCUUCUUUGAUCCAUCCAACACCACUUCAUCCGGAACAAGUACCCUACCUCCCUCCUCUUCUCUACCAUCUAGCGACGCUGCUUUUCUAGCAGUGGUGGCUGCGUUGGGCCUCCUAGCAGCUAUCACCGCAGGGCUUCUACUUCACCUGUGCUUCUUCCACAUUUACAUCAGUUUCUUGGGUCUGACGACUUACGAGUACAUCCGGCAACAACGCACGCAGCCGGUUGCGGCUCAGGUGGCCAAGGACGAAGAAGGAGGAGAAGAAAGGGGCGGAGCUAAUGCAGUAGGCGGGACUGGAUUGAGGCAUCGACCGGUGAAUUUGAGGUGUGGGGAGGAACGCACCCGGACUACAUUCUUCACUUGCGCCGUCUUAGAGGAGACAUUCUCUGGGUGCGGUGGUAAGGAGGGUGCAGAACCAACCCCAACACCCCCCAGUACCCCGCAAGACUGUCAAUUGUGCGCUGUGAUUGGCGGAAACGCUGUGGCCCCGGAAACACUCAAGACCAAGACUGCCAAACCUCAACCGAAGAAGAAACGAUGGAAUUGUUGUGUCUCGGUGCCGGAUAGUCCUGAUGAUCCGCAUAGUCCGACAGAACCUAGAUGCCUAAUAUCUCUUUGCCGCCACAAAGCCAAAACCAAAGGACUGCCAGCGUUAGAAGGUCGAGCCCAUAGGACUCAUGGCCAUUGGUCUAGUGCCAAGCUUAGGAUGCUCUUUCGAAUAUUAGGCAACCUAGGUCAGACAAAACGUCGUCCGUCCCACCCCCAACCACCUACACCUCCGUCCUCAGCUAGGGGCAACCAAGUGGCUCCUUCCAACGGUACCGCCCUGGAACCCAGUAGCGGUGUGCAGACAGUGAGUAAUCUGGUGCCAGUGCCGUGCUACCCGGAUACGGUGAAGACCUCUAGGGUCACUCAGCCUCCGCUGCCGCCCCCUAGGCGCCGGUUCAUCUCGGAAACAGAGCUGGCCGAUGCGUUGCAGGCGUUGCAACAACAGCAAAGGUGUGCAGGAACCAGGAGACCACUGUACAGGUGGGGGAGGAGGAGGAGAAGAAGUGCUGUACAUAGAACGAAAACCCCUGCUCUAUCUCCAAUACGGGAGAGUGGCUUGUCCAAUCCAGCUUCACCAAGUAGACAGACUUGUGCGAUAGCGGGAGCGGCCUGUGUCAGACCCUUCUAACGGCGAAAGUGUUUUGUAUAUUAUAGACAAAAGUACUUCCGGAUGGUACGGUGGAGAUGAAAUCUAGUGUAGAUUUUCUAUCAAAUUACAGGGUAUAUUGGACUUUCAAGAUUAUGACAUUCAUGCUGAAGCUUUUCUAUCCUUUAGCUUGCUUAUGAACGACCUUACAUGGGCGUAGACAUGCAACAAGAUGCUACUUUCAAAAUUCACUCAUCGUAGAUGAUGUAAGUUGAAAAAUUAAGACUAAACGCCAACUCAGAUAGAUAUAUUCUGUCAAUCUGCAUCGAAAUAUGUGAAGUAUGAGUUUUGAGGGAUAUCCCUUGUUAGAUUAUUACAGCUGAGGUGUUUCUGAAAUACUUAUUUGAUCAAAAUAAAUUUAGAGUUCACAGACACUUGUACGGUACUUCUAAUGUCGGUGGACAAGCUUCAAAUGAGUCAGAGGAACAAGUUCUUGUAUUCUGAAAAAAUAUAAGUAAUAGUGCCGGGAUAAUUUUUACAUAAAAAAGGGGCUUUACUUUUUUCAGAAUUCAAAAACUAAUUGUAAUUGGAUAAACAUGAUAUUCGCAACCAUCCUGUACAAAAUAAUAGUGAGCAAAAAGGACACUGUUCCGUCCUAACGAACUAAACUCAGUACCGGGUGCUGUAUAUUAUAGUGAUUUGAUAUAUGCAAUAUUCAUGUAUUUCGUUGGAUAUAGGGUGCUCAAAAAUAUUCUAACUGUAUAUUGUUGUAUACAUUAUAUAUAAGAUCCAUUGAUGCUAUCUAGUAAUGGGAGUAUAAAUAAUCGUACACAAUAUUUUUUAUAACAAUUUUAUUUAUUUUAAAGUUUUAAAUAUUUUCUUUCUGUCAUAUAAAUAUCGUAUCGUUCUUGGUUGUAACGAAAGCUCUAUUAUAAAGACUACGAAUCUCUGAACGAUCUACUUUGAUAAGAUUUUUUAUUUUCUUGCAACAUUCCGUCCGUUCAAGGCUUGAAUCGUACCAUUUUUAAGUGGCCUUCUCUAAGAACCCUAUGGGGUGUCCUUAAAGUUGGGAGUUUUCUUUGCAGAGCGUAUAGAUCAGGCAGUAAGCAGGUUUUGACAGUAGCACAUACACCAAAGCCUUAAAAUAACCGAGAUAAGCUUUCUCAAAACUCGGUGUGAGCCAAGCCCGGACCGUUUUGUGGUACGAUUGAAUUAAUAUCCAAAUCAGGCACCACGCGGUGUGUAGGUUAACCUAGUUUAUUUACAGUGCGUGUUGAAAAUCAGAAAUCGGCACAUUCCUUUAGCAAUAACGAAGUUAUCGAUUCGAUGUUAGCUUACGGCGAGUGUUUCAAAUAUUUUACUGAUACGUCGCGAGUGUCUUCAGAUCGUUCCGAUGUUUCCAUCCAGAGCCCGGUAGUUUUGUUUUCAUCGUGCAAAGGCAGUCGAGGUGAAUACGGUAGAAGAUGUAGAUAGCCCCAAAUGUUGCAAAUUUAGGGAGAAGUUAACAAAUUUAUGUUUUUGAAGAGAAUAUGACGACAACUUCAACAGUAUUUGCGAGCAAAACAAGUGACAGGAUAGUACACGAAAUUUCUGAUCAAAUGAAUAGUGAACACAGUAUUUUUUCUAUUUCUUUUUUAGAUGUUUUCUGUUUUGCCGCGCAUUUGUUAUUUCAAACGUAGUUGUUUCUGAAACUUUCAGGAUACCCUCUAUGGAUUAACUAUAUUCCCACGUACAAUUUAUACUCCUAUUCCAGAUAAAAACCUGCUUUGGUGAAAGUAAUCACCCAAUGCGUUGCCUUCUUUGUACUACUUUAUAUGACGAAAACCCGUGGCAAAAUUUUAUAUUCCGUCAAGAGAUCAAACUUAUGAUGCCGCAAAAAAAGUUGUAUAGAUGUAGUUACAUAUCGAAAAUCAUUUGUCAUAUAAAACCUGUAUGAUUAUUUUUUUGUACGUGCUCAUAUACCGGGUGUUUCAAGUUCGACCCUCACCUUCGAGACACGAAGAAGAGUGACAAGAAGCAAAAUAGCAGUGGCAGUGUACAGGAAAGAGUCAGGCUUUGCCUACAAAAUAAGGACAACGUUUUGAACCUUUGCUAUCAUUUAUCUCUGCUUGUUUAUGAUUAUUAUUGUUAUUAUCGUCAAUAAUAUUUUCAUUGUGUUCAGGUUUCACCAUAGCUUUGUAUCUCCUUAUAAUUUUCAUCCAACAACAAAUUCAUGGCAAACUAAGAAAAUACAUCACUGAUAUUAGAAAUGAAAAGUCCAUUUAAAUGUACAUAAUUCCAAUAUAACAUUUACAUGUUAAAACAAAGUUGGUGAUGGAAGUUAAAAGAAGAAGCUUUAAAUUGAAAAUUUGAGUACACCAUCUUGUAGAGGCGAAUAAGUAACAAUGACAACAUGCAAUUUAUUUCAAAAUCCCAUCUCAAAUAAAGUCAGGAAAAAAUAAAAAUGAUUUUGGGAUAAAUCUAGUAUAUGAAACAAAUGACUAUCUGAUAAUUUCAUUGCCUUCCUAGGAAAUUCUACUUUUUUAAAUAACUAAGGCUUGGCAAUUUCAAUGUAUGACGUAUAUUAUAUUUCUACAUAAGAAUCAUCAUAAACUCAUCUGUGCAAAAAUCCAAUAUGGCGUCCAUAAUAAAAAAUAAAGUUGAUGGAAGACAGAAAACGAAACGUCAUAUUGAAAUUAUAAUUAUUGUGUCAUCUUGUAGAGGAGAAAAAGGGCAAUGUUAAUGUGAGUCAGGAAAAAUUAAAACGAUUCUGAAAAAAAAUUGUUUUUCCUGUCUCUCUCCGGAAGUACAUUGAAUUUCGAACUUCCCAAGCGGUAUUUUGUUAAUUACUUAAAAACGCAACUUUGCACCCAUUUAAGCGACUUCGUAUCUCUUACCCUUUUCGAGAUCCCCAACAGUGAGGGUCGAAUUUGAAGCACCCUCCAUCUGUUAAAAUUAUUAUUUUUCAAACAAUUCACAAGAAAACUUAAGUGGUUCAUACUAUGAGCUACAAUUUUACGCUGUGUGCCAUAAAUGCCACCUCAAUGCCCUAAAUACAAAAUAACUAUUUUCUUACCUUUUGCUAUAUAUUUUAUAUUAGUUGUUUUUGCCAAUAUAUGUGCGUGUAUAAAAUAAUAAUACAGGUUCAGCUGUAGAUACAGGCUUAUUUGUAAAAAUUACUUGUAGAAAAAUCAUCAAUCUGUAUAAUAGUUUUGUUAUUGAAGGAAGUUGGGAGUACCGCAAUCUUUCAGUCCAGUCGCAAGGAAUGAAACUCUAGAAAUAUCAAAACUGUAAUCAAAAACAAUAGGUUGAUCUGUAGACAGCACUGAAAACUACCGCAUAAAACAUUUUCGAAUAUUCCUUGAUAUAAAAUUUUGUCGUUUAACUAUGGAGAGGUUUUUAUAUAAUAUUUUAACAAAUAAAAUGGUUUAUAAAGUUAUAUAAAUGUUUCAUGUGUGCAUUUGACUUGUUAAUAAAGUUUUCGUAACA